GGCUUUAUUUUGGUAUGUGUACAUUCAUGUGCAAGAAUACAGGUUACUGCCGCUACUGAAGGUCUCAAACACUCAAAAAUACAGAUGUUGAACAGACUACAUCUGGUUUCCUCAAAGAUUUCUCUAUACUCUCUUUCUCACAUCAUGAUGCUGCUACCACUAUGCUUAACGGUGGAGAUGAUGUUUUUGUGAUAAUCUGCAGUGUUGGUCUAGUCUGGUCCGAUAGCCAAGACUAGACCAACACUGGUCAGUCUCAUCAAACCAAAGAACCAUCUUCAAGUUGUCUUCAGAGUCUCCCACAUGUCUUCUGCUGAACUCUAGUUAAGAUUUAAAAUGAGAUUUCUUUCUUUUUCACGCUUCUAUAAAGUUGAGUCAUUUUCUGGACAUCUCAGCCACUGAGAACAUUUUUCAAUGCUUGCAAGAACAUUUAUAGGCAUAUUUUCUUGGUUAUAGCAAAAGAAAACCUUUUACAAGUACAACUUGAGCUGUUUUUCAUUGAGAACAUAAUGAAAAGGAUAAUUAAUCAGUAUGUGGAUGUUGUUUCGGAUUCUGAGUUUAAGGUCACAGUCUUAUUUACUGGUAACCUUAAGAUAUGAAGUGUGUUUUGUUUAGUAUUCAAAUGACACAGCUCGUGUACACAGCCGCACAUGCAGGAAUUAAUGGAGAAGAAUUCCAACAACAUCCAUAUGAGGCUCUGAAUGAUUCAUCAUUUCCUCUCCUGUGAAUUGCAAGCCACUUCCAAGAAGUUCAUUUUCUUUGCAUUCUGUGCGGAAAUUAUUCAUUACAGAGCUCUCGGUGCUGGUGAGGAUGGAGUUCAUCAGCCGCAGAUUGCUUUUCAGCAGUUCCUUCGAACAGUAAAAUGUCUGAACAGCUGGCGGCUCACAGCGCACCGCCUGGCGACAGCUCUGCAGGCUGAUAAGUGCUCUGAGAGGAGUACAAGACUCUCAGUCAAGGCUGAGGCUCACCAUGUACCCUGAGCAGCCCAGAGAGCCGUAAAGUUAAAUUAAAGAAACACCGUCCCGGUGAUCUAGAGCAUUAAUAACUCCGUUUAUGUUACACUUUUAUGCGCCUUGGUGCGAUCAGGCGCGCAACAGACGGAGAGCGCACAUGGAAGAACAUUUGUCCGUUUGAGUCACUGACCGAGAAGUAAGUGAGGAAAAGUUCACCCAGCGACAGGAGAGGGACAGAGGGGCUGCGAUGUCGACUUCUUCCGGUCCCGGUCAGGUCAACUCACGGAGGUCCUCCGGUGUGGCACGUGGAAAGAGACCGCCGGAUUUGGAGCUGUCGGAAACCACCUUCAGCGCGCCUGAACCGGGGACACCUGUGGACGCGUUUUCAGACAGAGACAGGAUGCCAGAGGACGGUAACUCUCCCCCCGGUGCCCCCCCGGUGCACCUCCACCCCUACUUAUCUCACCCCCGCAUGUCGGUGCGGAUGUCGGUGUACAGCACCGGGGUCCGUCCGGUGCUCACCCGCGCCUACAUCCAAGGACGCGUGUACAACUUUCUGGAGAGGCCGUCUGGCUGGAAAUGCUUCGUGUACCACUUCACAGUGUUCCUCAUCGUUCUGGCCUGUCUGAUCCUCAGCGUCCUCUCCACCAUCAGUCAGUACCAGGCUCUGGCUCACACGACUCUCUUCUGGGUGGAGAUCGUCCUUGUGGUGUUCUUCGGGGUGGAAUAUUUUGUUCGCCUUUGGUCAGCAGGCUGCCGCAGCAAAUACGUCGGCAUCUGGGGCCGGCUGCGCUUUGCCAGGAAGCCAAUAUCUAUUAUAGAUCUGAUUGUAGUUGUUGCCUCAAUAGUUGUGCUGUCGGUGGGAUCCAAAGGUCAGGUCUUUGCCACCUCUGCUGUAAGAGGGAUUCGCUUCCUGCAGAUCCUUCGUAUGCUGCACGUCGACCGGCAGGGAGGAACCUGGCGUCUCCUGGGCUCCGUCGUCUUCAUCCAUCGGCAGGAGCUGAUCACCACCUUGUACAUCGGCUUCCUGAGCCUCAUCUUCUCCUCGUACUUCGUCUACCUGGCAGAGAAAGACGCCGUCGACAGCAGCGGCUCGACCGAGUUUGAAAACUAUGCAGACGCUCUGUGGUGGGGAGUGGUGACGGUGACUACGAUUGGCUACGGAGACAAAGUGCCUCAAACCUGGAUCGGAAAGACCAUUGCAUCAUGUUUCUCCGUCUUUGCCAUUUCAUUCUUUGCCCUUCCUGCAGGAAUCCUGGGCUCCGGCUUCGCCCUGAAGGUGCAGCAGAAGCAGCGGCAGAAACACUUCAACAGACAGAUCCCUGCAGCCGCCUGUCUCAUUCAGGUAGAAAUACUCACACAGAGGCUCGGUGCAGCCGGGGGAUUGAACGUCUCGCGGCCCCGGCUCUUAUUGUGGAGUCCAUCCUUUCAUACGUCGUGGAGAUGCUUUGCAGUGGAGAACUUUGAUUCCGCCACAUUCAAGAUGUUUUUGAGAAAGAGAUCCAACCUCCCUGCCUCCUCUCUGUCCUCCCCGAAGCCCAAGAAAUCGGUGAAGAUAAAGAGGAAGUUGAAAAGCAGUGACAAGGACAACGGUCCGACUUCUCCCACCAUCCCCAGCAUCACCUACGACUCGGUGUUUGACAGUGGAAGGGAGCUGAGUUCAGACGUCUACAGCACCGUGGGCACAGCUGGAUUCAAGGCUCUGGGAGGAUGUGAUCGCCAGCAGUCCUGGACGUCUUUGUCUUCCCUUCAGUUCAGCUCGCCGCCUCCAGUGAAAAGAAACCCCGGACUCCUGGAGGUUCAGUCCCAGAACGCCCUGCGGAGGAACUGCAGCUUCGCCGACGACCUGGAGAUGGAGUCGGAGCGCGACAGCGAGCUGCAUCCUGCCUCCUCGGUGUCACAGUUGACAGAGUCACAUCGAAAAGCCAUCCGUGUGAUCCAGAGAAUGCGUUAUUUCGUGGCGAAGAGAAAUUUUCAGCAAGCUCGUAAGCCGUACGACGUGCGAGACGUGAUCGAACAAUACUCCCAGGGUCACCUCAACCUCAUGGUGCGGAUCAAGGAGCUCCAGAGAAGACUGGACCAGUCUUUAGGGAAGAUAACGUUGUUCCAGACGGGUUCAGACCGGGCCAAAGACAAAGGCACCAACUCCAUCGGAUCCAGACUCCACAGGAUGGAGGACAAGAUCACCCACAUGGAGCAGAGUCUGAACCGCAUCGCCGAGUCCCUGGCCUUCCUGCUGGACCAGAGGGACGCCGGUGGAGACGAAGGCCGGCUGAGGCCGCGGCUUGGACGGACGUCGACCGUCCUCCCCAGCCAGGACAGCCUGCCAAGCUACGACCAGCUGUCUUCGUCACCUUCGUCCUUCUCGUCCAACGCCGCCAGCACCGCGCUCAGCCCCAACCCUCCCCUCAGCGCCGCCGCCAGUCAGGAGGAGAGCUGCUGAGACCUGAAACCAAACAGCCUCCAACUUCUACUUUCCCUCAUCAGACACAUUCAGAUUUAACAGUUUCAUCAGCCAUCCAUCUGAGCAGACCUGCGGAGAUCUUUUUAUGAUAUUUAUGUGGAAUGUAGAGCAUGUGGGACGUAUGGAUGUAUCUGAAACUAUUUGAAAUCCCUUAGAGAUUGUGCUCCUCUUAGAUUCUUUGUUGAGUAAUAUGCUUGAAUAUUCUUCAGGUUAAUGCCGGAAACACUGCAAACACAACCUGUACUGUGAUUCUAUAUCCUAUAUUAUUUAAAAAAUGAUAGGAAUUGUUAUUAUCUUAGACAAAGGGGCCUUAAAUUUGAAUAUUUCACUUGAAGAGUUCAAUCAAAUGCUGUUAUCACUGUUCUAGUUUUGUUUCACUUUUCUUAAAUGUUUUGAAAAAAGUUCUUAUACAGGAAUAAAAGAUUGUAGUAAUUAUUA